AGCAAUAAGCAGCCAUUUCAUUCAGCUAAACAUGAGAUUCAUCUUAAAGGCACGAUCAGAAGGUGUAUCAUUUUGCAAAGGGAGACAUAUUUUCUUCGAACAUCGCGGCAGUAUUCCUCUAAACCGGACUCUGAUGGAAAUUUACGUCAUAUAGCAGAUCAAGGAUGACAAAGAGAAAAGGAAAUCGGGGCUGGAGAUGGCUGGCUCUUUGGUGGCAUCAUUUUUCCCUUUUUUGCAGUACAAUAGAUGCACAGAAUCGCUACAGCAUCCCGGAGGAACUAAAACAGGGAUCGGUGGUUGGAAGUCUUGCCAGAGAUCUAGGGUUGGGAUUAUCGGACAUUUUUGACCGUAAGAUGCGCCUUGCCUCUGAUGCUGGUGAGCAGUUUUUCAGCGUGGAUGUGGGGAAGGGCGAACUGAUCGUGAAAGACAGAAUAGACAGAGAGGCUUUAUGUGGACAAAGCGCCAGCUGCGUUCUACCCCUGCAGAUAGUUGUUGAAAAUCCUUUGCAGUCUCAUCGGAUUGAAGUGGAAAUAAUAGACAUUAAUGACAAUUCUCCGAGUUUUCCUACGCAGGAAAUUAACCUUAAAAUACCUGAAUCCGUGGUUGUCGGAAAACGCUUUCCUUUAGAAAGCGCUGAGGACUCUGACGUUGGAAGUAAUUCUUUAAAAUCAUACUCCCUGAGCAAAAAUGAUUAUUUUUCUUUAAAGUUUAAACAAACAAAAAAUGGACAAGCUGUCCCGGAAUUGAUGUUAGAGAAGCCAUUAGACAGAGAAAAGAAUGCUGUACAUCAGUUGUUACUGUCGGCAUUAGAUGGAGGAAAUCCUGCCAGAUCAGGAACCUGUAAAAUUAUAAUCACUGUUCUCGACAUUAACGAUAAUUUUCCAGUUUUUAGCGAAAAUGAGUACAAGAUUUCUUUAAAGGAGAACUGUACUAAAGGGACAUUUGUUAUCAAAUUGACAGCCAUCGAUGCUGAUGAUGGUCUUAAUGGUGAAGUGACUUAUUUAUUUGGGUCUCGUACUCCACAGUCUGUCCUAUCGACGUUUGAAAUCAAUGAUGAAAGCGGGGAAAUGUUGUUAAAAGGUCCUCUAGAUUAUGAGACAAGUAAAUCGUACCAUAUCGAUAUAAGUGCUAAAGACAAAGGGACUCCGGAAAUGGAGGGACACUGUCGUGUCCAAGUUGACGUUGAGGAUAUAAAUGAUAAUGCUCCAGAGAUUGUGCUCACUUCUAAACCCAGUCCCGUACGCGAAGACGCUCCCCGUGGAACAGUGGUAGCUUUGAUAAGCGCACGAGACGGUGACUCGGGUGAUAACGGAAAAGUGGUGUUACAUCUCUCAAAGAGGUUUCCGUUCACCCUAAAACCUUCGUUUUCUAAUAACUAUGAACUGCUGACCAACGGUCCGCUAGACCGUGAGAAAAUUUCACAGUUUGAUAUCGAAUUAAAAGCUUUUGAUUCAGGUUUUCCUCAGCUAUCCAGUAGUACAAUUAUAGCUGUUAGCGUCACUGAUGUGAAUGAUAACCCACCUGUUUUUACCCAGUCCUUUUAUAAUGUGUAUUUAAAAGAGAACGGAAUCCCGGGAUCUAUACUUUAUUCAGUAUCAGCAUCUGAUCUGGAUUCUGGUGAAAACGCAAAGAUCUCUUACUCCAUACUGGACUCUAAAGUGCAGGACGUCUCUGUCUCGUCUUAUGUUUACAUUAACUCAGAUAACGGGAGCAUCUACAGCAUGCACUCGUUUGACUAUGAGAAGCUGAAAGUGUUUCAGAUUCAGGUUCAGGCAAAGGACCAGGGCUCUCCCUCUCUCAGCAGCAACGCCACUGUCCAUGUUUUCAUCCUGGACCAGAACGAUAAUACCCCCGCUGUUAUUUACCCCUCCUCCGCUGCCCUGGGCUCCCUCUCUCAUCAGAGGAUGCCCCGCUCCGCUAAAGCGGGUCACCUGGUUACUAAGGUAACAGCCGUGGACGCUGAUUCGGGCCAUAAUGCCUGGAUCUCAUACAGACUAGCGGAGGCCACAGACGCCUCUCUGUUCACCGUCAAUCAGUACACAGGAGAGGUGAGGACUAAACGCGCUGUGUACGAGCAGGACGACUCCUCUCAGAGGCUGCUGAUAGAGAUCAAGGACGACGGGCAGCCGGUUCAGUCUGCCACCGCCACGGUGUCCAUCCUACUGGAGGACGGUCUCCAUGAACCCAUUUUAGACCUCCGACACAAAAUGUCCGAGCCCAGCAAGAAAACUGGCAGAAUCACCCUUUAUUUGAUUCUGUCUCUGGCCUCAGUGUCCGUGCUGUCUCUGGUGACUUUUCUCAUCCUGGCGGUGAAAUGCAUCAGGGGCAGCAGAAGCAGCGGGAGCUGCUGCAUGAGACGGAGCGACUGUGAUGAUUACAAGAACCCCAACAGAAACCUGCAGAUUCAGCUCAACACUGACGGACCUAUAAAAUACGUGGAGGUCCUGGGAGGAGACAUGAUGUCUCAGAGUCAGUCGUUCAGGUCCUGCAUGUCUCCGAUGUCAGAGUACAGUGAUUUCACAUUGAUCAAACCCAGCAGCACCACAGACUUUAAAGAAGUCAUCAGUGUUCUGGACGCGUCUUUACCCGACAGCACCUGGACCUUUGAGAGCCAACAGGUGAGCUCAAAGAAUUGCAUUAUCACAUUAGUUGAAUAAUUCAGUGAAAGAAAU